AUGACGAAAAUUCCACACUGUCAGAAGGGGGAGGAAAUAGAGAACCAGCUUGUGGAUAUAGUUAUGAGAGUCAAAGAUGCAAGACCACAACUUGUUCGAGUUGGGCGUGAUUUGCUAAUUGAUCCUGCAUUGCUCGGCAAUCCUUUCGUGCGCAGGAUUUUGUCAGCAGCUGCUUGGGUGUCAGGGGAGUAUGUUCGAUUUUCAAAAAUUCCAUCAGAACUUGUGGAAGCAGUGCUGCAACCAAGAACCAGUUUAUUGCCGUCAUCAAUAAAAGCUGUAUAUAUCCAGUCUGCAUUCAAAGUACUUACCUUUUGUGUGCAUUAUUGUAUUUCUACCAAGGGAGUUAUUUCUUCAGCUUCCCAAGGAGUGGAAGAUCUGAUGCAUGGAAGAGUACAGGAGAAUCCUCAGUUUGUAGGAAUUGAACCAGUUGCUGAAUGUGACACAGAUGAUGGGGGGUUGAAUCCCAGGAUGUUACAUCGACAUGUUAGGGAUGUUUCAGUAGAGAGUUUGAGGAUAUGUCCACUAUCAGGAAGCCAUGACGUGGAGAUACUGGAGAGGUCAAGAAAUGUCCUUGGUUUGGUUGAACUGAUUAGAGAAGAAUUACUUGGUUACUUGGUGAAAAGGGAAGAAGAUAAUGACAAGGGACAAAGGAAGACUCAUGAAAUGAUCAAACUAAUUGCUGAAGCCUUUUCAGAAGAGCUUGGUCCAGUUUCAGCCAGUUCUCAGGAAAGGGUACCUGUGCCUGAAGGAAUGGUGCUUAAUCAAAAUCUGGCUGAUCUGGAUGCCAUAUGUGGUGACCUUGGGUUGCAUAUACCUACUUCUUUCUCCCUUGGAAGAUCAAUUUCCUCUGAAAAAGUUGAUUCACAGAAAAAGGAGAUGGUAUAUGAUGACUACCCACCUGCUAAUGACCUUAAGACUGGAAAUAAUGCUGAUGAUGAGGCUGAUGAUCUGGUUAAGCUGACGGAACAAUCUCUCUUCCCUAAGAAAAAAGAGAACCAAGCGAACCAAGCGAAGCCUAGGCCAGUAGUAGUUUCAGUAGUGAAACGGGACGAUGGAAAUGGACCUUUUAUACCUGCCAAAAAGGUUGAGUCAAAUGAUGACCUAAUCUCUGGUGCUGUUUUGAGAAGAAGCAAACGCCAUUCUCGUGGUAAGGAGAAGAAACAUAGAAGUACUGCAAAAGAUAGAGAUGAACAUGAAGAGGGAGAUAAACAGAAGUUACUCAUUGUACUUGCAAUUGGUGAAGUGGUUUUUCUCCAUCUUGUCUGA